AAGAGAGAGGAGCCGUAUGGUCAAACGAAAUGAAAGCAACUCACCGUUUUUCACAGUCAACCUUCUUUACGCGACUCCGCUGAAAAACAUUCAACUCCUCCGUCUCUCAACCCAAUUCCUUCAAGAUCGGUCAAACAAAUUCUCUUUAUUGAUGAACAACACCGCCCCGCCGGUAGACAUGGCCACCGGAACUCCGCCGUGGCUGAACACCGGCGACAACUCUUGGCAGAUCACAGCCUCUACUCUGGUCGGACUUCAGAGCAUGCCCGGCCUUGUAAUUCUCUACGCAAGCAUCGUUAAAAAGAAAUGGGCUGUGAAUUCUGCGUUUAUGGCGCUUUACGCCUUCGCCGCCGUUCUAAUCUGUUGGGUUUUGGUCGGCUACCGAAUGGCCUUCGGCGAUCAGCUGAUUCCUCUGUGGGGUAAAGGGAUUCCAGCUCUGGAGCAAAGUUACCUAAUUGACCGAGCCAAUAUCCCUGAAAGUGGCCAUGUAAGCCACGACGGAAGGGUAACGCCGAGAAUUGAGCCGAAUAUUCCGAUGGCUUCCCUGGUGUAUUUCCAGUUCACCUUUGCUGCGAUUACUGUGAUUUUACUUGCCGGCUCUGUUCUUGCGAGAAUGAACAUCAAAGCCUGGAUGGCGUUUGUUCCUCUUUGGGUAAUUUUCUCGUACACCGUCGGCGCCUACACGAUCUGGGGCGGAGGGUUCCUCUUCCAAUGGGGCGUGAUUGAUUACUCCGGCGGCUUUGUUAUUCAUCUUUCUUCUGGAAUUUCUGGCUUAACCGCCGCUUAUUGGGUUGGGCCGAGGAUUAAAAGCGACAGAGAGAGGUUUCCGCCGAAUAAUGUGUUGCUGAUGUUGGCCGGAGCUGGGAUGUUGUGGAUGGGGUGGUCGGGAUUUAACGGCGGCGCACCGCACUCAGCGAACGUGGUGGCGUCGAUUGCGGUGCUGAAUACGAACGUAAGCGCAGCGACGAGCCUGCUGGUGUGGACCAUCUUGGAUGUGUUCUACUUCGGGAAGCCAUCAGUGAUUGGAGCCAUUCAGGGCAUGAUGACUGGCUUGGCUUGCGUUACCCCCGGCGCAGGAGUUGUGCAGACGUGGGCAGCUAUUAUAAUGGGAGUUAUGGGAGGGAGUAUUCCAUGGGUAUCUAUGAUGAUUCUCCAUAAAAGGUUGAGUUUCUUGCAAAAGGCUGACGACACGCUUGGCGUAUUUCACACGCACGCGGUAGCGGGCAUGAUGGGCGGGCUUCUAACGGGCCUUUUAGCAGAGCCCACUCUUUGCGAACUAUACCUACCGAUCCCCGACAGCCGCGGUGCCUUUUACGGCAAAAACGGCGGCGUUCAGUUUCUGAAGCAGCUGACCGGAGCCAUGUUCAUAAUCGGGUGGAACAUCGUCUCCACCACCAUUAUUCUCCUCUUCAUUCGGCUGUUUAUGCCGUUGCGGAUGCCGGACGAGGAACUCAUGAUCGGAGACGACGCCGUCCACGGCGAGGAAGCUUAUGCCCUGUGGGGCGACGGCGAGAAAUUCGAUCCCAGAAGGCACGGCAAUGCGGCGGCGAAUGUGGAAGAAGGAACUUCCCCGCCUUAUAUCAAUGGUGCCAGAGGAGUAACCAUCACUUUGUAAAGUAGUCUUGGAAUUUCUUGAAUGUUUGAAAUUUAGGAGCUUGAGAACAUUCUAUGGCCCUUUUUCUUCAAUUUCUGCACAAGUUUCUCAGAC